UAGUACAGCCAGUGCUGAACUGUUAUGAUGUGUCAAUAAGUUAAAAAGGUGGACGGCACCAAUGAUGAGAGGCCCCCCCCGGUACUUGAGCAGGAUAUUAGAGGUCAUCGUCAUUGCAUGACAAAAGGCAGUGGCAGAUUCAUCUUCAUCACUCAUACAGCAUUUCCAUAGUUAUUUCUUCAGUGCGGUAGUACCAUGAAGGGUGGAGGAAGGGGUAAGGAGCCACCUGUUGCAGGGGAGGUCACUGGCAAGCGCCCCAAACGUAAAUGCCUGCAGUGGCACCCACUUCUCUCCAAAAAGGCUCUGGAUUUCUCUGAGGAGGAAGAAGAGGAGGAUGAAGAGGAGCUGGAGAAGCAGCAAGUGUUGUGUGGCCAGGACCAGGGGUCACAGAUGGAGUGUGGAAGCACAACAGAGGAAGUGGAGGAGGACUCAAGUGAACAACGAGCACGGCGGCCAAUGAACGCUUUCCUCCUCUUCUGCAAACGCCACCGUUCUCUCGUGCGGCAGGAACACCCUCGUCUGGACAACCGCGGGGCCACCAAGAUCCUGGCUGAUUGGUGGGCUGUGCUGGAGCCCAAAGAGAAGCAGAAAUACACAGACAUGGCCAAGGAGUACAAGGAUGCUUUCAUGAAGGCAAACCCGGGCUACAAGUGGUGUCCCACCACCAGCAAACCAGUGAAGAGUCCUUCCUGUCAGCCAGUCAGCAAUCCCCGCAAAAAAGUUUGGUCCUUCCCUUCCAACUCGUCUAAGGACUCCGCCACUGCCAAAAAAGUGCCCAAAACUGACAGCAUGCCACAGUUAAACUUUGCCAUGGCAGAUCCUACUAAGAUGGGAGGACUUAGCAUGCUGCUAUUAGCUGGGGAACACGCCCUCACGAACAGGGAGAUCCCUUCCAGCACUAAACCCAGUUUACCUGACAGUGAAGGGAGCUGCUUUCCAGGGGAUAAGGAAGAGAUGUUGUCUGGGACAGUACCGAACCGAAUGCUUGACGUUACUGAAAGUAGGAUCAAGUCUGCCCUUUCCCCACUGGCAGAGUCAUCUCUGUCUGCGGCACCUGAAGGAAAACCGUGCAGACAGUCCGCUCUCUUCCAGCUCGCUGAGAUGUGCUUAGCGUCUGAAGCUGGAAAGAUGGACACAGUUGUAUCUCAGCCGGAGGACAGCUCCUCUGCAGCCUCUUUCCAGCAAACCACAGUCAAGCCAGAGAUCAAGGAGGAGAAAGCUGACGACUGUCCUCCCUCCCCUCACACAUCAGCCCUGUUACCUUCGCUGUCCUGUGUCACUUCUACCUCCACUGAUGCCAUUCCCCCGCAACUCAGCAGCCAAAACACUUGUGUCAAAAAGAAGAGCAAGAAAAAAGAGGUGGCCAAGUCAAAUAAUGACAGUGAAAUCCCUUGCACAGCGAAGAAGAUCAUCAAAAAGUGUAACCAUGCGGAAUCAAAUGUGGACAGUGUUUUCAGUACGAUUGAAGCGGUGGCCAAAGGGGCCUGGAGGAACACCGAGGAGAAGCCCAAGAAGAAGAUUCAGAGCAGUCCUGGUGCUGGAAAUUCUGGUUUUCCAAAAAAGAAGAGUAAGCCCAAAGUCAAGACCUUUGUCAAAGAAAAAGAGGAAGAGACGGGUGAAGACAGUGGGCAGUGUGGACAGCACAGCUCCUCUGAGCUGGAGAUGAAGGACGAGAUGACGCACGUUAGCCCCAAGGCAGAGGCCGAGGAGGCAAGUAUAGGAAGCACAGACCUUCAGGGCAGUGUGGCAGAACUCCAUCACUCCCCCUGCAGCCCCUCACCUACGAAGCUCAAAGAGGAGGACAAGGGGAAGGAGAGGCAGAGCGAAGCGAGCUGUGAGUCUAACACAGAGAACCGCGGAUCCAGGAAAUCAGAACGGAGCUGUAAAGGAGCCUUGUAUAAAACCCUUGUUUCUGAGGGAAUGCUGACAUCACUGAGAGCCAAUAUCGACCGAGGUAAAAGAGGGGCUUUCCGUGCUUCUGAUCAUGAUGCAAACUGGUGUGAUGACAGCUGGACAGUUCCACAGCUGGGACCUAAUAACCCCAAGAAGCUGAAAAAGUCCAAGUCCAAAGAUGAAUCUUCACAGGGCCUAGGGAAACUGGAGGAGGAGUUUGAAAAGAAAUUUAACAGCCUGCCACAGUAUAGCCCAAUGACAUUUGAUAAGAAGGGGACUGCUGUCGCAAAGAAGAAGAAGACAGACAGCUCCGCUGUCCAAGAGGAAGCCUCUAAAGUCGGGAAAGGGCCAUCUCCAUCUCAGAAAAAGACUUCAUUCCACAAGAUUGUUAGGAAGCACAAACACAAAAAGGAGAAACCAGGUGCAGUGGACAAAGUGCUACAGAGUGAUUCCACCAUGCUGGACUCAGCUUCAAAAGCCAAAUCAUGUGCCCCCUUUGCCAUAAUGUGCCCAGAUGUCCAGGGCACCACUAGUGUGGAGACGCUAGUUGGUAGCCAGAAGAGGAAGGCUAGGAAGACUAAGAUUACACACUUGGUGCGCACAGCUGAUGGCAGCGUGUCUCCGGCUGAGGAGGAAAAAACUAGGGACCUGAACCAGGAACAGGAUAAGAAGCCAUUACACCAACAGAAUUUAUGCAAUGAAAAAGGGUGCUACAGUAAUCCCAGAGCAGAGGAGGCAGAGAGGAGCACCGUACCGCAAGAGCUACCUGCUUUCUUCAGCUUGGCAGCCCUCGCUGAGGUAGCAGCCAUGGAAAACGUUCACAGAGGCCAGAGAGGGUUGGCUGAGAGUCAGAAGAAGGAGCUUGCCCAGACUCCAGUCCUCAUCUCCUGCGCUGAUCAGUGAAACUCUGCUGCUGCUGCUGCUGCUGCUGCUGCUGUUAUGAGAAGCCACAACCUGGACAUUAGCAGUGGAGCUUUACUUUCCUCAGUGGUAAGCCCACGCUGAAGGGAGACUUGAACAGGAAGCUUUGUAGGAGACUCCACCUUCCCCCUUGUGGUGAAUUCGCUUGAGCUUGGGUUCAUGGUGGGGGAACGAGACCCUCUCCUCCUCCUCCUCCUCCCUGCUCCUCGCUAUCUCAGUGUUUUCCCUUAAGCCUUCCUUUGGUUUGAGGCAGGAUGCCUUUCUGAAGUCCCCCCCCCCCUCCCCCCGUAGAUGCUCCGUUAGGGCCUGUGGAAGAACUAAGCUGUCCCUUAGUGCAUGGGUUCCCCUAUAGAGAUGGUUGUCAUGGGUUUCUUGUACACUGUUUUUGUCUAUUAGAGGCCAUUUUUAAGGUCAAGUCUUGCGGUUUAAUGAACAGCAUUUUAGGUAGGAAGAAAAACCCAACAAUGCAUUUGUUUUCUAGACAAACACAGCUUUCUGUCACCUUUUUACCUCACACACACGCCUACUGAAGAGUUCCCUACACCUCCGGUAGAAUACCUCUGUAUCUGAAUAGCUCGUAUCCCUUCCAUUCCCUCCAGCUUCAACCCAAAAUGUCUUUAACCAGGGUAAAUAAACGAUGACGGAGAGGCAUCCAUUUCCAGCUAGUUGCUUAGUGUUUCCCUGUGGUACACUGAUGUGGUGUACCCAAACUACAAAGAAAUCAUGGCUGAGUAUUUGAUAUGUACGUUAAGAUGAUGCUACUGUAAAACAGUGUGUGGUAGCUACAAAUAAUCACCUUAGGCUGAAUGUGUAAGAGUACACCUGUGCAUACCCUUACAUCCUGACUAUAGCUGAGGGUGUUUGUCCUGUCUGUCUUUUAGCAGUAGGUUCACAGUGUCCCCUGUCAGGCUUACGAAAACAGUAGGUCGGCUUAAAAACUGCUUGUUGUGAUGGGGAGAUUGUGUGAAAGUGAUUCAAAUAUAGCCUUAACCCUCCCACCGAGACCCUAUCUUCCACCACAAAGCCCUCAACCAGCUUCUUGCUCAAUGCCAUCAUUAGUCCUGAAGUCAGUGUAACGUUUUUGAAUAGUGAAAAUGCAGUUUUUGUCGAUACUUGAUCUUAUUGCAGUGUGCGUAGCAAUUAGAAAGGUCAAUUUCUUGUGUGCAACUUAUUUCAUUGGAUUAGGUUUUUUUCUUUUUUUUUUUGUUUGUUUUUGUUUUGUUUAUGAUGUGAACACUGCACUAAUGUAGCUGAAGUUUGACUUGGUCUUGGAAGAGUGAUAAAAUGCCUUGUCUCCACCGGUCACAGUGUUCUUACCCUGUCUCAGUAGUGUCUUCAAUGUCCUGGCUAAAGCCAGCCACAAGUUUCAACUAAAGAGAUCAGGAGUCAGUCAGUGUAAAUGGAUUAUUUGUUCUGUGAAAUCAUUUUAUUCUACAUGCCUCAUGAAAUGAGCAAUUUGAAAAAAGAAAAACGAUGCAGAAAUAAUAUUUUUGUGCUAAGGUAUGGGUCCUCUUAGAGCUAAUGGAGACAAGGCAUUUCAUAAUAAUUUCCCCAUUUGUUUCCUAUCGGCCUUUUGAGAUUUUAUUGCCAAGUAAUGGUCUACUCAGAGGUCACGUGUAAUCCGUUUUACGUAGAAGCAUUUAAAUAUAAAUGCAACUUUAUGUUUUGUUUUUUUUUUUUUGUUUUUUUUUUGGCUUUAUUGUGUUAAUGUGUGGUCAGAAUCAUUCCACUCCCACGCCUCUGUCUUGGCCAUACUUUAGUUUGCAGGGAAAAACAAAAAAAAGUAUGGAUGCAGUUAAGCUGCACGUUUGUUGUCUUCCCAAAGGUUCGUAGAACCUGGAAGAGCUACCACAAGCUAGUGGAGGCUAACUGAGAGCUACAGACUCCCCAGCAAUACCCCCUCACCUCCUUACCUAACAGCCUUUUCCUCCUCUGUGUAGACCAAUACUUAAUCACCAACUCUUAUCACAUUUUAGAUUCAAUCAUGUUUAUAACUUUUCUAGCUUUUAGUUUUCUGGUUGAUUGUUCUUCUGUUGAGGUAUGCUGUGCAUUUACUGAUGCUCUUUUAACAUUUAGGUCCUCUUUAAGAACUUUAAUGGGUUUUUUUUUUUCCUGAGGUCACGUUUACUGGAUUAAGACUGUUGUCAAAAAAAAAAAAAAAAAAGAUCAAGCUCACAGACAAUUAAUGCAUCUGUGCUUACCUGCUAAGCAAAUAGGCACUGAGAUAAAAUGCACCGUCUCUAGACAAUGAGCUAGUCUUUUCACCUCUGGAGGAGCGUAUCUGACUGCGACUGCAUCACCAUUUCUCGGACAUGUGUUAAGAUGUGUUAAGGAUGCUUUCGGACACUUAACGACAGGACCAACAAGUAAGAAAUGAAUGGGUCUUAGAGAACUCAUGCUUCUUGAAAAAGAGUAUUUUUCCGAAAUCAAGACAUUGCUACAUGUUUUGCUGAAGUAGGCCCUUGUGUACUUGCAAAAAAAAGGAAAAAGAAAGGAUAAUUCCUCUAAAUUUGUCCUUAAAAAUUUAACAGACUAACUGCAAAUGUUUCCCAGUUAAGGUUAAGGAAAUCACAGUAUGCUUUACGAUAAUCUAAUAAUAAACGGCAUAUAUAUAUUUUUUCAGAUAUGAGAGAAAGUUACAUUAAGGAUGAUAUCAUCCAAGCAGUAAACUGUAUAGUUCUUCUGCUGGUGAACACCAGUGUAGUUCUUUGCAAAGACAAAGAAAUUGUCUUCCCCCAAAAUAUAGAUAUAUUUGCUUUUAGCCAGUGAGUUUAUUUACAUUUGCCAAAGAAAAGGAAAAGGUAUAUUCAAACGGAAAUCCUGUUUAAAAAAAAAAAACAAACAAACAAAAAAAACACAAAAAAAGAAAAAAAUACAAACAAUAAAAAAAAAGAAAGAAAGCUAGCUUAACAGUUGCACUGCAUUUUCUAGGUGUGUAAAUCUUCAGGUAACAAUAUCAGCACAAUUCAUCCUGUGUAUCUAAUGGGCUUUCCUUGGUGUUUGAACCCAGAGUUGGAAUGAAGUGCAACAAAAAAAAAAAAGGGCACCACUCAAUGCCUCUUUUUAGUAUACA